GCUUUGUUUUUCAUUUUGCGAGUCUUUGAUAAUGUAUAAAUUUUUGGCGUUAAAUUUAACUUUUAUUUUUAAGACUCUGACAUUUUGGCGAGGGGACAAUGUGAGCCGAGAAUCGGCGCCGUCGAAGACGUUCCUUUCCCUCUUAAAUGGCGCUCCCAAAACUAUUUUCGCCCUCCGUCCGUUCAUUUGUCCGCGAGUGUGUCUCCCGUGUCCGUCCGUUUGUCCGUCCGUCCGUAUUCGUUUGUGUCCACCUCUGUCUAGCCGUCAGUUUGCGGUGCGCCUUUAGUUUUAGCAUUUACUUCUAGCAUAGCUGGCAUUUUUGUAGCAAUUCGUGUCUAUAUGGCUUGUUUCCCCAUCGUGCUUCUCCUUUUUUCGCAUUCUAUAUUCUAUUCGGUGCUCUCUUUGUUUUGGGACCGGGUCUGUAAAUGCCGCGUGCUCAUCACUCGCAGACACUUUAGAAUGCAGCGAGUAUCUGUGAGAUGCGAGAUAGAUAGAUAGGUGGAUAGACGGAGCAGACAGAUCUUGAGAGGCGGAACGCGGGGGAGUACGAAAGGUUUGGAAUGGCUUUUAGGGGAUGGUUGCCCAGGUUUUACAGGGAUUUCUAUUAUAUUAAUACCUGGUAUAUGUAUAUCUAUAAUUAAAGUAUACAAUAGCUUUACCAACAAAAUAGCCACAUAACCAGUCAGCUUUGGGCUACAAAUCAAUCGAAUGAAAUCCGCAGCGAAUAAAAUCCAUUUUUCAUCCCAAUCCAACAUUCUUAAUGCGAAUACGAGGAUCGCUGGCCAUGUACCUGCUGUUCCUUCGCCUGCUGCUUCACUGCACCCAUGGCCACGUCCGGGUCAAGAGGCACUGCCGCCUGCACAAGCGAAUGAUCGAUCCGCGAGAGCUCAUGAACGAUUUUGCGGCUAUCAAGGGAGCAGGAUCGCCAGUGGUUCCACCCACAAAGGCUGGUCAUGAUGCGGCUCUGUACGAUGCGGGGGGUGCAGGAGCGGGAGGGGGAGCGGGAACAGGAGUGGGAACAGGAGCAGGAACCGGGGUGGGAACGGGAACAGGAGCAGGAACUGAUCCCAGCGGCAAGCCCGCGAACCCAAACAACUGCGAGGGAGGAGGUGGGAGUCCAGGGGGGAGUGGGGCCAAGUGCAAUGUCAACACAAUCUUCACGCCCGGCGAUCCCAAGCAGAAGUCCUCCGCGAUAGCCAUCAAGGCGGCCAACGAUGCCAAGGCGGCCAGUGAGGCGCAGGCGGCAGCCGGACAAGCUGCUGCCCACCACAUCAAGCUGGAGCUGGCCGAGAAGGCCUUCCAGUCGGCCAAGGCCGCCGAGGCCGCCCUAAUGGGCAAGCAGAUGAUGGUCGACCAACUGGAGCAGGAACUGCAGGAGGCCACGGCCGUCGUGGAGGAGGAGAGCAGCUCCAUCCACCGCACGGAGGCCAACAUGAACGCCGCCGUGGAGUCGGCCCGCGUGGCCACCCAGCAGUUCGAGGCCAUCAGUGAGCUGCAAAAGAACGCCCGGGAUGCCCUCGCCGGCAUCCAGGCGGUGGCCCAGGGGUCGCAGCAGGAAAUGGCCUCCAAGACGCAAAUCCUGGAGGCCGCCCGCAACCGGAUGGGAGUGCUCCAGAAGCAGCUGGUCAGUGCCCACGACGACUUCGAGAAGACCAAGCAGGCGGCCUACAAGGCGGCCUGUGCAGCCGUGGAGGCCAAACAGCGGGCUGGAACCCCCACGGCCCAUUUUUAUUUUUUGUAAAUUCCAAAGUGACUUUAAUUGAACUCUGUUGUCUCAGGAUCACCUGAAAUUUGCAUUGUUGGUUACCCAAAUUUAGUGAUGUUAACUCUUCUUUUCGUAUAUGUACAUAUGUAUGC